UAUGUUUGUCAGAUAAAACUCCUCCUCAGGGCUAUUACUCUCUGUCUCAUAGUUUCCACGUAUAAACCUGCUCUGGACUUCUGAAAUAGAGGCUACAUCCCUUUCAGUGGUGGAUAUCUCCAAAUCAACUAUUGUAACAUUCUCUUUAAAAAAAAAGAAGAGGAAUAGCACAUUUAACCCUGGACUUUAAAUGCUCAUCAGAAUGAACAUCAUCUUUUUGUCCUCACUGCUGGGUGUAGUUCUCCAUGUUGCUGCAUUUAAAGGAUCUCUGGCCAGUGUCUCCGUGAAGCCUCCGGGGCCAAACAUGUACCUGGGUGAGAGUGUGCUCCUGCAGUGCACAGUGGAGUCACUCUCUGCUUUCGUGAAGAGCUACCGGUGGUACAGGUCCAAACCACACAGGGCUCCCACCCCCAGGCACCUGGUCUCUGGUGACAGCUACUUCAUCACCGCGGUAACAAGGGAGGACGCUGACAGGUACUGGUGCCAAGCCGAGUGUCGGGAGAACCAGACUGUGUUUGUGCUAAAGGCCCGGCCGGUCUGGCUCAGAGUGUCAGAGUUGCCCCCUCACUUGCUCUCUCUGACUCCUAACACCAGACAGAUGUUCAGUGGGGAGCAUUUCACUCUGCAGUGCCCCACAUCUCAGACCAACUCCUCAGGGUGGAAGCUGCUGCAUUUCUCUCGAGACCUUAAAGCAGGGACCUCAAACCUCACCGUUCACUAUUCACCACCAGGAGGUAGCGUGAGCCCUUACAAGUCUGAAGCAUUUGUGUUCACUGCUGCCAGUGUGACCGGUGGACUGUACUGGUGUGAGGGCGCCGGGGGCCGCAGCAACGCAGUCAACAUUACAGUAAGCUAUGGCGACAUCAUCCUGAAGACCCAAGCCUCCCCUGUGUUUACGGGGGACGAUGUCACCUUGUGUUGUCAGUAUCAGAGCGGCAAACACAAACAAACCAGCUUCUUCAAAAACGGAGCAUUAAUUGACUCAAACAGUUCGUCCGGUUCAGACCGAGUCAUAAAGAUGACUCUUAAGAAUGUGACACAGGAAGAUGAAGGCUUCUACAGGUGUGCGUCCCACGACAGACAGAUGCAGAGUCCAGAGAGCUGGUUAUCAGUGAGACCCGACAGAGGUCAGCUGAACAUCAUCACUCUGCUGUGUGUUCUAUAAAAGUGGAUCAGUGACACAUAUCAAC